AGCUCCACGGGAAAUGUGUCACGCGCGAAAGAGUGUGUGACGGCAGUAUGGCUCGUGAAGGUUAACGAUAGCUGAAACGUUGAAAGUGCAGUUAUUAUUAAACUGCGGCUAACUGCGUUUGAGUAGCGUUUAUAGCGCGUUUGACGAAACAACGCGACGCUGCUCCUCACAGGCUCCAGGCUCCAGGCUCAGCAGCCAUGGCCGGUCUGUCCACCUAUGCCAUGCGCAUGGCCAGACUGAGCGCGCAGAUCUUUGGGGAGGUUGUGCAUCCGACAGACUCCAAAUCUAUGAAGGUGGUCCAGCUGUUCCAGGAACCCCCUAUGGCCAAGAGGAAGGAGGUGUACGACUGGUACCCACAUCAUAAGAUUUACUACGGCAUGACCCAGAAGCUCAGGUUCCUGGGACUGUUCAGAGAUGAGCACGAAGACUUCAAGGAGGAGAUGUGUCGGCUGAAGAAACUGAGAGGAAAAGGGAAACCAAAGAAGGGAGAGGGGAAGAGAGCAAGCAAGAAGAAAUGAGCUGCAGCAUUUCCUCUGCUCCAUCUUUACACAGGACUUGUGUUGUUGUUUUAUGGUGUUCUCUUUAAGAAGGCAGACCGCGUUGGACUGUGCACUGUCACUGGGGGAGCUUUUCUAUUUUGGCAAGAAUAAUACCUUAAGUUAACAUUACAUGUGAAACAUCUCUCUUGGUUGUGUUUUAGAACAGUGUUGAAACACUAUGGAGCCAUAAACAGCCAAUAAAAUGCUAAUGUGAUUAUAAUUAUGAUUGUACAUACAACAAUAAGGAACCUGUGGUCAUGUCUUUUAAAGCUUCAUGAUUAAUAAUACAUUUUGGUCUAUUGUACCUCAUGUUGUAUCUGGUGUUAGCUUAAAGCUGCAGUAGGAAACUUUUAUAAAAAAAAUAACUUUUUUGUCAUAUUUGCUGAAACUUUCACUAAAUGCUAAUGCUCUGGGUCAAAUACUGACACUCUGGGUCCUAAAGCAUCAGUAUUUGAGGAAUGAGACUCUUAGAGCACUCGGAGCCAGUGGUUUUAUUAAAAAGUGUUAAGAGCUCUGAUCUUACCAAUGAAAGGUCUUUUCUGCCCCAAAAUGACUUUAUUUCACCCAUGUGGGUUAUAUUUCAAAGAUUAUAACUCGCCCACUAACUGUUACCAGUUGAAAUACCUUUAAAGGACCAAUACAAUCCAUAUAAUGCAGUUUUCCACUUGCCAAAAAGUUAUUAAAGCUCCAAUAUUGUCAUGAUCUUGUGGUGGUCAGUGCUGACAGGUACAGGACAGAAAAAUUCAAUCCAAUUAAGAAAAAAAACAAGGCUUUUCUAAUCAAAUCGAAUCUUUUUUCUAAUUUCACAGUUAAGUUUUUGUAAAUGUAUACUAGAAUUAUCACCACUUAGAGUAAAAUACUAACUGAGAUGUGCCCUGCAUUAUCAUUUUGUCUUUAGGUCCCGUCUGUUCUGGGAUCAGGAUGACAUUAUAGUGAAUGAUCAAGCAGUUCUUGCAAUAAAUAUUUCCAAAGUC